AUGGGCGGUUCGCAACCGUCUCCGGAGAUAGAAACGGUACCAGAGACACAACCCGAACCCGAGCCCUUUGUCGAGGGAUCCAAACGUGGGAAAAGGUCUCACGAAAAAAAAAGAUAUAACCGCUCCUCGUGGAAAAGGAGACUACCUAGCAUGGACGAAAAACGAGGACAAAUUACCAAACAUUACCGGUUUUUUGGCAAAAGAUUUGUGAAACGUUCUUUAAAGCUAUUGGGAAAGAAGAAGAUUACCGCAAAGAAGAUUCCAUUUCGAGAUAUCAACUGGAAAUGCCAGCAGUUUCAAGAGGUCUUUCAACGCAAUUGGGACAACAGGGAAAGCGGCCAAAACGACGCUAAUGUUAUAACAAAAGCGUUGGAAGAAUACAAUGCUACGAAAGGCAUUUUCACUUAUUUGAGAUGUUGGGAGCCUUUAAGAGGAAGUCCCAAAUGGGCAAACGUACCGACGAUGACGUCUAGCGUUAGACGUAAAUCAAAGCGGUCCAAAACAUCAUCGUCGGUUGACCCGGACACACCAACCUCAGAUGCUCGCAACGUCGAUUUAAAUAUUAUUGUAGACGACGAGGAAAAUUUGGAGUUGGAACGACCGUCGGGUAGAAGAAGUGCCAAAAAUAAGGGUAAAAAGCGGAGUCCUCUUCUUCUAAUCACGAAAUAUUGA